AUCAAGCAUCUCACCAGAAGAGCAUCCCAAUUCCCAAACGCUAGUGCACUGUGGAUUGAUCGAAAGAGAAAUGCCUUUUGAUUAGCCAGCUAUGCAAAUGGUUCCAUCAUUGAUGAGAGAAGAGAAUAAGGAAAGUGAUGAUUAUGAACCAAAAGUGGUUUCACUGGGGCCUUACCACCAUGGAAAGCAUCCGAAGCUCAAGUUCGUUGAGGAUUUCAAGCCCGAGGCUGUUAAAAUGUUUAUUGAAGACAAAAAUGAUGGUGUCUUCAUGCAUGCGAUUUUAAGAGAUAUUGGGUACGCUAAAAGUUGUUACCUGGAAAAAUUCACCAGUGGGUACAGUGAUGAAGUAUUUGCUCGAAUGAUGCUUCAAGAUGCAUGUCUCAUUCUAAAUUAUAUCGGACCAACAACGAAGACUGAGCAGUCACAAAAAAAGAUCCGGAUAAUUAAUCAACUUGGUACUGUUGUUUACACAAACAUUAGACGUGACAUGUAUUUGCUUGAAAAUCAGGUACCUUUCUAUAUUCUCAAGAUACUGGUUUCCUUGAAAUAUGGUACUACUCUGGGAGAUAAAUUGUUAGAGAUCAUGGAAACCUAUUGCUUUAAAAUGUUCUUCCCUGAUAAAAAUUUUGAUAAGCCUGAUGUCACCAAUAAUGAGAUGGAACCCCCCCACAUUCUUGAAAUUUUUCGAAGAGUAAUUAUCACAGGCGUCGAUCACGAAAGCACGCCACCUGCAGACCAUUGUUGCGAUAUCAACAACCUGGUAUCGUGCCUCGAUCACUGUUGCUUCAGUAUAAACAAAGAAACAAUUAUGCCUGGCCGGUACGUGUUUCGUUCAGUGAUGGAUCUGAAAUCAAAGGGCAUUGAUUUCAGGGCUAGUGGGAUUAAAUCACUCAAAGGUGUAAGGUUUAGUCCUACUAAAUUUUGUCAGUCUGCUAUGCUAAAGCUUCCGAGGUGCUAUGUUACAAUGUACACUAGAGUGUUUUUCAUGAACAUGAUAGCUUAUGAGAUCUCUCCUAAUUUUUUUAUGCCUAAAUCUAUCAUUGCUUACGUGAGUUUCAUGAAGCUCCUUGUGGUUUCAAAAGAGGACGUGAAGGAGCUGCGAGAGAAGGAAAUUAUAAUUAACAGCUUAGGGAGUGACGAACAAGUAGUUGAACUGUACAAUGCUUUGAAUACUUAUGAGGCGGAUGAUAGCUCUUCUUACUAUGAUGUCAAGAUGAAUAUCGAAGAGCACUACAACAGCAAAGUCAAGAUGUGGAUGGCUGGUCUUAAAGAAAAUUAUUUUAACAAUCCAUGGUCUAUAAUUGCUUUGGUUGGUUCAGUUGUUCUCCUCAUUUUAACUAUUCUCCAGACAUACUAUGCUGGCCAUGAUACUGGUGAUAAAUGUUGUUCAAAAGGAAAAUUUCAUCUUGAUUAAUUAUUUAUUGAUUGCAUCAUACAUACCUCAGUAUAUAUUGCUUUAUUGUCUUUAGUUUGAUUAUUGGACACCCCAAUUUUAUUUGUGGAACUGUGUUGGGUAUAAUGUUGUUAGUUUGAUUACUGGGUAUAUUAUUGUUAUUUAAUUAUUAUUGGACAGCAAGUUUAUAAAUAAUAAAGAAAAAUUUUAUUUC